CUCCGCUCUCCGCCGCCUCUAGUCCCUGACGACUGACGUGCCCAUGCGCCGAGGAGACGUUCCACCGGCAAGAUGGUGCUCUCGUUCAUUCUGAUCCAGAACCGGCAGGGGAAGACAAGACUGGCGAAAUGGUAUGCGCCGUACAGUGAUGAAGAGAAAGUCAAGCUCAAGGGCGAGGUGCACCGCCUUAUAGCGCCGCGCGACCAAAAGCACCAAUCCAACUUCGUCGAGUUCCGCAACAUGUCCAAGAUCGUGUACCGGCGGUACGCAGGCCUGUUUUUCUGCGCCUGCGUCGAUACGAAUGAUAAUGAGUUGGCGUAUCUGGAGGCGAUACAUUUCUUUGUGGAGGUGUUGGAUGCGUUUUUUGGGAACGUGUGUGAGCUGGAUUUGGUGUUUAACUUCUACAAGGUGUAUGCGAUCCUCGACGAAGUGUUCCUAGCGGGCGAGAUUGAAGAGACGAAUAAGCAGGUUGUGUUGACGAGGUUGGCACACUUGGACAAGCUGGAGUAGACGACAUACGGAGGGUACAAUGAAAGCCUCAAGACCAUGACCGCCGUCAGAUGAUCGACUCGAGAAAGCCCGAGUACGACAGACGACUGAAGACGCCGUCCGAGGCAUCGACACAGAGCGAGUCCGUCCACACCGAAGCACAGCAUAGCACGACAACGAGCAUGCAAAUGUGAGUUGCGUGCAGCGAUAGCGCGAGAGAUAGCAUGGUAGCCUGCACAGUGCUAUGAACAAAUUUGGCUGCGCGCAU